CUCCACAUGAGAAGGCCCUGGGGUUGUGUUCCACUUUACUCUGAUUCUUCCUGACUCCUGAGCACCCCAGGGUCCCUGCACAGGGCUCCUCUCCUGUCUGAUGGCUCUGCUGGUCUCACUUCCUGGAGGGAAUCAGGCCAUGGCUUGGAUCCUGCUUCUGCUGAUGUCAGCUGCUUGUCUGCAAGCUGGUAACUCUGCAGGAUCUAACAGAGUAAAUGCCUUUGGGGUCAACCAACCAGCAAAACUCUCUGGUGUCCAGGGCGGCUCCAUCGAGAUCCCCUUUUCCUUCUACUUCCCCUGGGAGUUGGCAGAGGAUCCACAGAUGAGGAUUCUCUGGAGAUGGGAGCAAUUCCAUGGGAAAUUUAUCUACAACUCCACCCCACCUUUCAUAUAUAAGCAUUUCAAGAGCAGGCUCAUCCUGAACUGGACACAGCCUCAGACAUUUGGAGUCCUCAGAAUCCUGAACUUGAAGAAAAAGGACCAGACAAAAUACUUCUGCCACGUUAGUCUGAACACGAGAUAUGGUAUGGAGGUGUGGCUGUCAAUUGAAGAGACCCACCUCACCAUCACUCCUAGUGAGCACAUCCCAGCCCCCAGGACCACCUCUUCAAGCCUCACCACAGGAACUUCUGAAGGCAAGAUGGGCAGAAAUAAUCAGAGCCUGGGACUGGGAACCACAGUUGGGUUGGCAGUGGCUGCUGCUGUACUCCUGGCUGGGGUUGUGGGGUUGACAGUGUUCCUCGGGUGGAGGAGAAGGAAAGGACAGACGACUAAAGCCGAAACCCCAGCCAGGGACCUCAUUGAAAACACUGACAAUGUUGAACCUGAAGGACAAUAUAUGGACCCCAAAGUGAACCCCAAGGAUAACAACAUCGUGUACGCCUCCAUUGCCCGCUCAAGCCCAGCCUCCCCAGGAACACCACCCUGCCCGCCUGUCCAUGGGAACCCCCAGGAGGAGACUCUGUACUCCAUCGUAAAGACCAAAUGAGUGGGUCUGGGUGAUGAUCUCAGAGUCACCUGUGCUUCUAGUAGGAAGACUCCCAGCUUCCACAGAUACCCACAGCCAGAGACAAAAUUUCAUGGGUCACUGAUACCCAUGGCCAGAGACAGAAAUCCAUGUGUCAGGGCAUUUGAGCUCAGAGAAAAUGAGAAAAUCCCUGGUCCCUUUUCUAACUUCCUAGAUCUUUCUCACAAAAAUAAAACAAUCUACAGAAUUUGCCUAAAUGAUUCUAAUUAAGAGUCACUAAUGUGACCCUUAACUUCUGGCCCUCUAAGAUUCCCUCCUCUAUCACUUUUUUUCUGGCUGCCCAAGGCAGGGGAUGCCCCAAAUGCUGGCAGCCAGUCUACACAAUGUACACCCACAUCUGAGAGGGUAAUAACCAGCACACAGUGACUGGUUCCCCUGGACCACCACACUGGACAUCAGCAGCAACCCUAGAUAGAUGGUGUGAGACAGGGAACUAAAGACCAGAUGGUCACAAUGCUUUCCUAAGGCCA